AUGCGUCUUGGAAAGGCUGCGGAGAACGCUCUCCCACUACUGAACCAGAUUGCUGCUUCAGCCAUCUCUUGGUCAUCAGGAAGAAUUGAUGUCUUCGGCCUUGGGACGAACAAUGGCUUAUAUCAUAAAUGGUGGAACGGCGCCUGGGGUCCAUCUACCACUGGAUGGGAAUAUUUAGGCGGUGUUUUCUCUGCCGAGCCAACUUCCGUCUCCUGGGGUGAGAAUAGAAUUGACAUAUUCGGACUCGGAACCGAUAACCAAAUGUACCAUAAAUACUGGGACGGACAAGCCUGGGGCCCUUCACAGACUGGAUAUGAAGCCCUUGGUGGAGUAUUCAGCAGUGAGCCAACUGCCAUUUCAUGGGGAGAAAACCGCCUUGACAUCUUUGGACUUGGAACAGACAAUGCUUGCUAUCAUAAAUCGUGGAACGGACAAGCCUGGGGGCCAUCUCAGACCGGUUGGGAAAACCUCGGGGGUGUGUUCGUCAGCAAGCCUGCGGCUGUCUCUUGGGGAGCUAACCGAAUUGACCUAUUUGGAAUUGGAACUGACAACCAAAUGUAUCACAAAUGGUGGGACGGAUCCAGAUGGGGCCCUUCAGCUUCCGGCUGGGAGGCACUUGGCGGAGUAUUCAACAGCUAUCCUGUUGUGGUCUCUUGGUCUGAGAACCGUCUCGACAUAUUCGGUAUCGGAACAAACAACGGACUUUUCCAUAAGUGGUGGGACGGACAAGCCUGGGGCCCAUCUCAGCUAGGAUGGGAGGAUCUUGGAGGUGUUUUGAGUAGCCCUCCAUCUGCCGUUGCUUGGGGUGCAAACCGUCUAGAUAUUUUCGGCACAGGAACUGAUAAUCAGAUGUAUCACAAAUGGUGGGAUGGCUCACGAUGGGGUGGAUGGGAAGCCCUUGGCGGUGUUUUCAGCAGUGGCCCAUCAACCUGCUCCUGGGCAAGUGGCCGUUUGGAUAUCUUCGGGCUUGGGACCAACAAUGCAAUGUACCACAAAUCCUGGAGUGGGCGAUGGGGGCCAUCACAAACAGGCUGGGAGAACCUUGGAGGCGUUUUCAACCAUUAG